GAAGAGGCGGGGUUGGCCGGAAACUUAAAAGGGAGCACAGGAUUCGCGCCUCCUUGGGGCUUUGUGGGGGCUGCUUGGACAUUGCUCGGACCUUGCUCUUCCUGGGCUGCGGGACCUAGCAUGGCAGACGAUGCAGGUGCUGCUGAGGCCCAGGGGAACCAAUGCACGCCUGCCCAGUCCCUGGGCAGGCUGCUGAAGUUACCACUUCCACCACCUCGGAUUCGCACCCGGCCAUGGUGGUUUCCUGUGCAGGAACUGAGAGACCCACUGGUGUUUUACCUGGAGGCAUGGCUGGCUGACUCGAUCUUUGGCCCAGACAGAGCCAUCAUUCCAGAAAUAGAGUGGAUGAGCCAAGUCCUGCUGACGGUGGACAUAGUUAACUCUGGGGACUUAGUUGAAAUCACCAUCUUCGGACGGCCCCGUGUACAGAAUCGGGUGAAGAGCGUGCUCCUGAGCCUGGCAAACUGGCACCGGAAACAUCGUGCCCGAGCUGAGAAGAUGAAUCAACUUGAGGAGUUCUUGAAGACCCAUGCAUCAGGUCCCCAGACUCCUGAACAUCCUAUUGUGUAACUAUUUUCAGGAGCAUUGUGAGAACAGUCCUGCUUCUGCUGCUAAAGUUCAAGAGAAGCAAGUAUGCAUAAAUCUCUGCAUUCUUUUUUUCCUGUGUCUUGAUGGGUAGUGCUCUGAUUAUUAUGAUGCAAAAGUGAGUUUGUAGUGCCAUUCUAGUAAAGAACUGAAUUUCCUUUUUGUCCAAUGCUAUAAAGAACUUUGCUGACUUAAAAUUAAGCAAAUACAUAAAAGAGUGUUCGUUCAUGUCUUGAUGUGAGAGGUGGGUAAAAGGCUGAUGCUAGUGGUCUUAUUUUUUCCUUUGCUUCUAUCAUUUGGAAUCUACUAGCCCUUUUAUGAUUUUAUGGCCACAGUCAGGCCCCUAAGCACAGGCCCACGAAUUUGCAUUUCUAAUAAGCUCACAGGUAAUACCAAUGCUUCUCCUCUGGGGCUCUCACUUUGAAGUUGGUGGUUUGGCCCCUGGGUACCACCUACGGUGCAUUUUCUUUUUGGAGUGGAGCCUUCCUCCCUGCACAUGGGUGGGUGUUCCAACAUGAAACCUGAGGUGAUUGCUUAUUUAUUCUGUUGACAUUGUGAUUCAUCAGAGUACAGCCAGGGUCCUUGGCAUCUUGACUAUUGGAAGGCAUCCUGCCACCAAGCCAGCUGUCUCCUUUCUCUCUGAGGCCUGCACAGGUGUUCUGCAUGAGCUGGGUUGUUUUUCCAUUACCCAUUACCAUGCUAGGACUAAUUUGUGCAAAAUAGCCCCCACCUAACACUGCCUCCACUUUCAGGAAGCAGGCUUCUUAGGGGAAAAGUUAUGGAGAGCUCUGUGGCUUCAGAGUGGAAUUGAUUCAACUCCUGCAAUUUCUUUACCCCUUAUCAGUAAUGGAUUCUAGCUGUUUGCAAGGGUUGUAAACACACACAUACACAAGUCUUUUAAAAUGUGCUGCUUUGGGGAGGGGGUUUCCUGGUGGCUCAAUCAGUUAGGCAUCUGACUUCAGCUCAGGUCAUGAUCUCACAGUUUGUGAGUUCCAGCCCCGCAUCCAGCUUUCUGCAGUCAGGGCAGAGCCUGCUUGGGAUCCUCUGUCUCCCUCGGUCUCUGUCCCUUCCCAACUCGUGUGUGUCCUCACGCAUGCUCUCUAUCUCAAAAAUAAGUAAACAUUAAAAAACUUUAAAUGUGCUGCUUUGAUUACAGGUGAUAUCGAAUGUUUUUCUAAUUCACAUUUUUGUAAAAUGCUUUUACAUUUCUUAUUCCUAUAUUCCUUCUUUCAACUCUGAAGAUAGGAAUUUUUAUUAUCUGUAUGAGCUUUUGUAACAAAUAAUGGCCCAUUAUAACCAAUAUUUUCCACUCCUUUGCUUAAAUUUUUUGUAUACGAAAAAAUUCCAUUUUCUGUAGUUAAACUAAUUAUUUUCUGUCUGAUUUCCCCUCAUCCUCAUCCCAACCCCUUUUAAUUAAGCCUAGGUACUCCUGCGUUUAUCCUUCUGCAGAAAUUUGAUUAAAAAAAAUUCCAACAGGUUAUUUCUAGUGGGAUAUCUACAAAACCAUUAAACACUUUUUAUAAUGUUAUUUGGAGGAAGAGGAUUAUGCUUAAAACAUUCUAAUUGUCUAAAAAUUACCCAGAAUUAUUAAAUGAUCCUGUGCAUUUUUCAUCCUUUACAUACAUUAACAUGUUGAAGCCCUUAACCCCCAGUACUUCAGACUGUGACUGUAUUUGGAGACAGGGCCUUUAAGGAGCUAAUUAAAGUGAAAUGAGGGGGGCGCCUGGGUGGCUCAGUUGGUUAAGUGUCUGACUUCAAAACUCAGGCCAUGAUCUCAUGAUUUGUGAGUUUGAACCCUUUAUUGGGGUCUGCUCUGACAGCUCAGAGCCUGGAACCUGCUUUGGAUUCUUUAUCUCCCUUUCUCUCUGCCUCUCCCCCACUUGCGUGCACACUCUCUCUCUCUCUAAAAAAUAAAUAAACAUUAGAAAAAAUGA